UCCUUAUCACUUUUCAAUUUUUCAUUUUAAUUUUUAAUUUAGCCUUUACAAUUAUUGCUAUGAGCAUGACAAAUGUUUAUUAAGAAGAAAAAAAAACAGCAGCUCUCAGUUGUAGAUACUAGAUAAUUUGAACUUUUUACUUAAAGCUCGCUGGUGAGACUGUGAGAGUGGACAAAAAUUCGAAAUAUAAUAAUUUAAUAAUUUCCUGUUUGAAGUUAAAAAAAUUAUUCAUAUUUUAUGGUUGCUAGAUACCUAUUAAAUAUUCAUAUAUUUUAAAAGUAUAUCUAUAGUAUGGCGUCUACAUCAAGAGAUUCCCAAGAAAUCAUUGCCAAAAAGACAUGGGAGUUGGAAAAUAAUGUUCAAACUGUUAAUACAGUUGACGACAUAUACAAAUAUGACAGACAACAACAACAAGAUAUUUUGACUGCUAAACCUUGGGAAAAAGAUCCACAUUAUUUUAAAGAUAUAAAAAUAUCUGCAUUAGCACUAUUAAAAAUGGUGAUGCAUGCUCGAUCUGGUGGAAUUUUGGAAAUAAUGGGUCUAUUACUAGGCAAAGUAGAAGGUAAUACAAUGAUUGUCAUGGAUUCUUUUGCUUUACCUGUUGAAGGAACAGAAACAAGAGUCAAUGCCCAAGCACAAGCCUAUGAAUACAUGACGGCAUAUAUUGAAUCUGCUAAAGUUGUGGGACGUCAAGAAAAUGCGAUUGGUUGGUAUCAUAGCCACCCUGGCUAUGGAUGCUGGUUAUCAGGUAUUGAUGUUUCAACACAAAUGUUGAAUCAAAAUUUUCAAGAACCUUUUGUAGCAAUUGUGAUUGAUCCAGUUAGAACAAUAUCUGCUGGUAAAGUUUGUUUGGGGGCAUUUCGUACAUAUCCUAAGGGGUAUAAGCCUGCAAAUGAAGAACCGUCUGAGUAUCAAACUAUUCCAUUAAAUAAAAUUGAAGACUUUGGAGUACACUGUAAACAAUACUAUUCAUUAGAAGUAAACUAUUUCAAAUCUUCCCUGGAUCGACGUUUAUUGGAUUCAUUAUGGAAUAAAUAUUGGGUGAACACUUUAAGCUCGUCCAGUUUAAUAACCAAUGCCGAUUACCUGACGGGUCAAAUAAAUGAUCUUUCUGAUAAGCUAGAACAAGCAGACACUUCUUUGAGUCGUACAUUUUUUGAGCCUGUUGAUCGUACUAAAACUGAAAAUAAAUUGGUUAAAGCUACAAAAGAUAGCAAUAAAGCUACAAUCGAAAUAUUAUGUGGAUUAAUGUCUCAAACAAUUAAAGAAGCUCUGUUUAAUAGUUGUACACCGAAGAAUAAUCAACAAUAAAUAAAAUCUGUAUUAUAAUUACUAAGUAAAUAAUUAAAAUUCUUGAUAUAACUUA